CUUUCUGUUUAAAAGCUGAAAUAAUUAAAGCUGAUAAAAUUAAAUAGAUAAAAGUUUGAGUUAUUUCCCUAAGUGCUUUUUGUUACAAAAGUGUUGCUUUGAUCAAGCUUAGCUAAUCAGCUGUGUUUUCAGUUUUAAGCAUGUAUGAAUCAAAAUUUCAACUAAUUUUAGUAAAACAUUUUUCUUCUCAUAUUUUAAUUAUUGUUGAUCGUUUAUAUUAAACUUUAAAUCCUCCCGCAUUUAAGCCUUUUCAAUGUUAAUCACCAAAUCUUUUAUCUGUGAAUAAGUUAAAUGAUAAGCCUUUUGUGAUAAAUUUCAGAUAAAUUCAUUAUCUUCAUAUGCUCAACGUCAAUAUUUAUCUACCAUCUAAACUUUUAGCAUCAUUUUUUGAUCACAGUCAUCUUGAAAGUCUUCAUCAAUUAGCUGUUUCUAGUCAAUUCUAAACUCGAUAAAUCUCAUUUAUUUCGGUUCUAUCAAAAUCGACGCAAUCUAAAAUGAUCAUGAACAGGUUGUCCCUAUCAGCCAAAAAUUUACUGGUAACAUUGGGUAAUAAGGCUAAUAAGGUUAAUAUGUCCACCAAUAUUCCGAAAAUUUCGCCGGCAUUGACAACAGAUCAAGUAAUGGCUAGGGAAGAUAAAUAUGGUGCCCACAAUUAUCACCCACUACCAGUUGCUUUACACCGUGGUUCAGGUGUAUUUGUUUGGGACAUUGAAGGUAAAAAAUACUACGAUUUCCUAGCAGCCUAUUCGUCCCUCAAUCAGGGCCAUUGCCACCCUCGAGUCUACAAAGUUUUACAAGAACAAGCUGGUCAACUUACUCUUACUUCGAGAGCCUUUUACAAUACAUCUUUAGGAGAGUUUGAAGAAUUUAUUACCAAAAUAUUUGGUUAUGAUAAAGUGUUACCAAUGAAUGGUGGUGUUGAAGCUUGCGAAUCAGCUUGUAAAUUAGCUCGUCGAUGGGGAUACGAUGUUAAAGGUGUACCUAAAAACGAAGCUAGAAUGGUGUUUGCUGAAAACAAUUUCUGGGGAAGAACUUUGGCUGCUAUCUCUGCUUCAACAGAUCCGUCAAGUUAUUCUGGAUUCGGACCAUUUAUUCCCGGUUUCGAUGUGAUUCCGUAUGAUGAUUUACCUGCCUUAGAGAAGUAUUUGUCGGCGAAUAAAGAUACCUGUGUUGGCUUUAUGGUAGAGCCUAUUCAAGGUGAAGCUGGUGUUGUUGUUCCAUCUGAUGGUUAUCUCAAAGGUGCCCGUGAGUUGUGUACCAAAUACAACGUUCUGCUAAUCAUCGAUGAAAUACAAACAGGUCUUGGAAGAACUGGUAAACUAUUAGCAUCUGAUUAUGAAGGUGUAAAGCCUGAUAUUUUAACUUUGGGUAAAGCUUUAUCUGGUGGUUUCUAUCCUGUUUCCGCUGUGCUUGCAAAUGAUCCAGUUAUGUUGGUUAUCAAGCCAGGAGAACAUGGUUCAACCUAUGGUGGAAAUCCUUUAGCUGCUAAAGUUUCUGUUGAAGCUAUAAAAGUAAUUUUGGAGGAAGGUUUAACUGAAAAUGCAUACCAAAUGGGUAAUCUAUUGAGAUCUGAGUUAGAAAAGUUACCCAAAUCAGUAAUUAAAAAGGUUCGUGGUCGAGGUCUUCUCAAUGCUAUUAUCAUUGAUAAAAAGUAUGAUUCUUGGGAUCUGUGUUUAAAGCUUAAAGAUAAUGGACUGCUUGCUAAGCCAACUCAUGGUGACAAAAUUCGUUUAGCUCCACCACUGACGAUUAACAAGGAACAAAUUCUUGAUUGCUGUGAUAUCAUUAGAAGAACAAUCGAAAGUCUACCAAAAUAAACAAAAAAUUGGUUUAUUCCAUUACGCUUCAAUUUAACGUUAUACAAUCACAGUUUGAGCCAUAAAAGAUAUCAAAAAUCGAGAAAUUGAUGUUAUCUUGAGAUUCACGAGAUAUUUUAUUGUCUUCUCUGUUUGAUUACAUUAUCUUGUAUUUUAAUACUUGUUAUUUGAAUAACUAUAAUGAUUUUUUUGUUAUUUUUUACAAUAAAUUAAUUUCUCUAAAAUUUGA